UAAAGCCAAUUAACCUUAGCGGUAAAAGUACCCUCGAUGUGUGAUUAAGAAAUUACGGUUCAAGCUUUGAAACUACUUUGAAAGUAGUAGCUUCUUGCAAAAUCACAAAGUAAGAUUGCAUAUGAUAGUUUUGCCAUGUCUUCUCGGAUCAUGCACAUAACGGGAGUUAGUGAAAAAAUGAAUUUUUUUCUCAUUCUUAGGGUAAGCCUUUCUCAAUUUUCAUUACCUGAAUGUUUGUUUUCUUUGUUGACUUACGCCAAAAGGAAAGGUAAAAUUUCUUAGAGUCAGUACGAUAAAUAGGAUUUGGUGGAACUAAAGGCUAAAAGCUUUAUUAGCAUAAUAACCUAUAGAACAAAAAGUACUCAUAUUCCCUAUGUUCUACAUUUUUACUUCAAUAGUUUCAACAUUUUUACUUUCCUUAACCUAUAGAAGAUGAGCGAACUUUAUCGUCUUUACUUAAUUAUUUUAUCUUGUAAUGACUCAACACAACCCACUUUUUAACCCAUCUAUUCCAUUUUUUGACUCAUUUAGUUUUUGGUCACUCAUCCAAAAUGUUGCAUCUUAGACAGUCUAGACAUAUAACAAGAUCAUGAGCUAGUAUUGCUACCUAUAAAUUAUUAAACCUAAUCUUACUUAUCAAGGAAGUUAAUAAUGUGAAGUUACACUUCCUUACUUCUUGUUAUUGAUAUCCUUUCCUUUUCCUUAUCCUUCUUUUGGCUAAUUAAGUCAUUAUUAACAUUUAUUUGAUUUGUUAUUGUUUAAUAUACGAAAUUCCAUAAAUUAGAAGAAAGAGAGGAAUCUUUUGUAAUUACACAGAAGUUGAGGGGCAAUUUCUGUAAUCGGAAUAGUUUCCCUUCAAACAUUAUAACUGAAAAACCUGUCGCUUCUCGCCUUCCCCUGUCCCUCGGCUUUUCUCUCCUAAAUUUCAACAAAAAUAGAGAGACAAUUCAAAUCCAAAACCCUAAUCCAAAAAGCUUCAUUCCCAAAGAAAAUCUAGGUUAACAUUUACAUACACACAUUGAAAUUGAAACACAAACUUAGCUGAUAAGUUAAUAAUCUCUUUCGUUUUCACGUACAAUUAUUAUUACAAUUCUUGGACGGCCCCUUUCUCCUUUCAUUUCUCAAUUGCUUAUGCUGAUUUUUUCUCCUUAUUUACUCAUGUGGGUGUGAGAAUUUCAUAUUCAAUUCCUCAACAUAGUCACUUAAUUUCUUCUGGAAACCCAAAGUUGAGGGUCUCCAAACUUUGAAUUUUCCUUGUAAGUUCUCUAUUUCCUAAUGUUGUUCUAGUUUUCUAUUAUCUUUUCAAUCACGAUUUUUUUCUUUUCUUGGAAUGUUGUUUCGGCCGGGCCAGCUUGCGCGCAAAUAUGACCUGUUACCUCUCACCAGCACAGGUACCGGUAACUCUGUCUACCAAGGCUAGGCAGAGGUGUAUUUUGCCUCUAAUGGGAUUUGAACUUGAACCUUAUGUUUCUCCUUUGACCACUAGACGACAGCCUUGAGUGCUUUUCAUUUACUCGAUUUCUAUUUAUGUGAGCCUAUUACUAUUUGGGGAGUCAAACAAGGUUUUCUUUUACCACAUUUUGCUCAUUCUUUUUAAAUAUUUUGAAUCGUUAAAUAUUGUGUACUUUUAUGUAGUUUCUAAAUUUGUACAUUUUAUUCUAUGUUCGAAUUCAUACCAGAAAUUAGUCAGGUUGACCAUCGUACUCCGAAAAGGUUCACAUAAACUGAAAUGGAAGGAGUACGAGUUUUUGUGUAACUAGUUUGGGAUUGAGGCGUAGUAGUUGUUGUUUUUAUAUGAUUUUUGCUUAACUGUCUCUGCUGAUUUUUGAUUAUGUGGGAAGCGGUAAAACUGUUGGAGAUUCUUGUCUAUUUAAACGGGGUCCUUUUUUCUUUUUCUUUCUUUUAGAAAUUGUUUAGAGGUGUAAAUUGGAUUAUUUUACUUGUAUGAGUUGGAAAUUUACUGGUCAAAGGUUUUGUCUCUAGAUUAGUUUGAAGAAUAUGCUGAUUUUUACAAUAACAACUGUAUCUGCAGUCGAAAAGGUCAUGCUUUGGAAGAGGGUUUCAGCAUAGUUUACUGCUUCAAAUGCUUCAAAUUUCAAUCCAUUUUGAGGGGUUAAAUUUUGGCUUGAUAUUUGAAUUCAGAUGUGUAUAAUAGUAACAGAUAUUGGUGGAGAGGAGCAUAGUGAUAGAUGGGAAAUAACUGUGUUCAUGCAAAGUUUUCAAAGGGUGGGUUCUUCAACUUAUUCUUUUGGCGGUCUCGAUCACCGAAUAUGAUCACAAAUAAGAAAAAAGAAAAGGCUAUUGAAGAACCUUCUACAGACAAACAGCCCGAACAUCCUAAUUCUUUUCAGAAUAAACCCCCAGAAUUGGUGAAGAUAGACAGAGAAGAGAGUAAGCUAUCAGAUGCUAAAGAGUCCAAGCAGGCUAUUAUAGUGAAGGAACAGAAGACAGACUCUCAGGUAGUUAAGCCUGAGAAGAUAUCAGAUCAUUCGAAACCUACAAAAGCAACGGGACCUGAAAAUUUUGGCAACACAGUCCAUGAAAAGGCAAAACCAAAAAAGCCGGCAAAACCGAAGAAGCCACAUCACGUCAAGAGAAUGCUUAGUGCAGGACUCCAGGUUGAGUCGGUGUUGAAAACAAAAACCGGUCUUCUGAAAGAGCAUUAUGAUUUGGGGGAGAAACUUGGACAUGGACAAUUCGGGACCACAUUCCUCUGUGUUGAAAAAGCAACAGGGGAAAAGUAUGCUUGUAAGUCUAUUGCGAAGAGGAAAUUAUUGACACCUGAAGAUGUGGAAGAUGUAAGGAGAGAAAUUCAGAUAUUGCAUCACUUAUCUGGACAUCCUAAUGUCAUUUCAAUAAAAGCAGCGUAUGAGGAUGCUGCUGCAGUUCAUGUUGUGAUGGAACUAUGUACAGGGGGUGAGCUCUUCGAUAGAAUUGUUAAGCAGGGACAUUACUCGGAGAGAAAAGCGGCUGAGCUUGCAAGGACAAUAGUUAGUGUAAUAGAAGCCUGCCAUUCUCUAGGAGUGUUGCACUUGGACCUUAAGCCUGAGAAUUUUCUCUUUGUCAACGAGGAAGAGGAUUCACCUCUAAAGAUUAUAGAUUUCGGGCUAUCAACAUUUUUCAAGCCAGGGCAAAUAUUCUCUGAUAUUGUUGGAAGCCCUUAUUAUGUUGCUCCAGAAGUUCUGCUUAAGCGAUAUGGUCAGGAGGCUGAUAUCUGGAGUGCAGGUGUAAUAAUUUACAUUCUUCUCACUGGUGUACCUCCAUUUUGGGGUGAAAGUGAGCAGGAAAUAUUCGACGAGGUUUUACGUGCCGAUAUUGACUUCGUAUCAGAUCCUUGGCCUAACAUUUCUGAAGAUGCAAAAGAUCUGGUAAGGAGAAUGCUUGUUAGGGACCCCAGAGAGCGACUUACCGCACAUGAAGUUCUAUGCCAUCCCUGGGUGAAGAUUGAUGGUGUGGCUCCAGAUAAGCCUCUUGAUUCUGCAGUAUUGAGUCGCUUAACACAGUUUUCUGCCAUGAACAAGCUUAAGAAAAUGGCUCUCAUGGUUAUUGCUGAGAGUCUUUCUGAAGAGGAAAUUGCAGGCUUGAAAGAGAUGUUCAAAAUGAUUGACACAGAUAACAGUGGACAUAUUACUUUAGAUGAACUGAAGAUUGGACUAAAGCAAUUUGGGGCUGAUCUUAGUGAGACUGAGAUACAAGACUUGAUGAAGGCGGCGGACGUUGACAACAGUGGUACCAUUGACUAUGGGGAAUUCAUAGCUGCAAUGCUUCACAUCAACAAAGCUGAGAAAGAAGAUUAUCUUUCUGCUGCUUUUUCAUAUUUUGACAAAGAUGGGAGUGGGUAUAUUACUGCAGAUGAACUUCAAAAGGCUUGUGAGGAAUUUGGCAUAAAGGAUGUCCGCUUGGAUGAAAUCAUUCUAGAAGUUGAUCAAGAUAAUGAUGGUCGGAUAGAUUAUAAAGAGUUUGUGGCGAUGAUGCAGAAAGGAAAUGCAAAUUUGGGCAACAGACGGUUGCCUAAUAAUUUUAACAUCGGAUUUAGGGACCCAACAAAAGUCUGCUGACACAGAAAGAUAUUUGCACUUGUUUAUUAUUAAUUUUUUCUCUUCUUUCUGUUUUUAGUUUUUCUCCUUCAUCAUCUCCCCAUGAUCUUUGUACUCAACUUUUUCUUCUCUUCUUCUUUUGUUGUUUGUAAUUUUUCUUCUUUUGUCAUUUCCCCAUGAUUUUGAAGUGUAUAGAAGUAUAGUAGGCUCAAGCAUCAGUUGAUGUUGGUUCAUAACAAAUGCCAUCUCUUAUUAAUUUACUCUCGAAUUGUAUUAGCUUCAAAGUUUAAUAUAUUCAAGAAUAGGAUGCACUGUUGUAAAUUA